ACACACAUACACAAACUCUAUGACAGUCAGUGAGCAGCCAUGGCGAAAUGAAGUGGAGCCGGAGAGUCCAACAUGAUGGGACCUUUGCCUAGGAUAACAAGGAUGGCUUCCCCACCACCCCCACCCCCAUCACCACCACAUGGAGAGCGUUGGUGAUUGAUCUCCCUCCUCUCAGAGCUGUGUGAGCGAGCCUCGGUGUCAAUAUGGGAAACCUCCUGUCUCGUUUCAGGAACAAAGAUGUCAGGAUAAUUCUUCUAGGUCUGGACUCAGCCGGUAAGACAACUAUUCUGUACCGGCUAAAGCUGGAUGAUUUGGUGACAACCAUACCUACAAUUGGCUUCAAUGUGGAGAGCAUCCAGUACAAGGAUUUGCAUCUCACGGCCUGGGACAUCGGGAGCCGUGAUAAAAUUCGACCGCUGUUCCGGCACUACUACAAAGGGGCGGACGCUGUGGUCUUCGUCAUCGACAGCCACGACCCCGAGCGAUUGGACGAGCUGAACUAUGACGUCAUCAAGCCGGCCAUCAAUGCCGAGGAGUUGACGAGUGCUGUUUUUCUCUUCCUGGCCAACAAGAUGGAUCUGCCCAACACGAUGAGCACGGACGAGAUCUCGGAGCGUCUGGGGCUCAAAUUUCUCAAACACGCUUGGGGCAUCCUGCCAGUGAGUGCUGUGAGCGGGGAGGGUCUCCAUGCCGCCUUAGACUGGCUCGCCGUCCGUCUGGGCUCCUCCCAGGUGCGGCCCAGGAACUUUACCCAGCCCCCACCCGUGGCACUCACUCACCAACACAGCAACACAGGAUCGUCCCUCUCCUCCUCCUCGUCCAACGCCACGUCAAAGACGGAGAACUCUCGGCCCGGCUCCAAAGGCCCUCAGCAGCGUCCUCUCAUCUUCGUCAAUUCCAAAUUGGUGAUGGACGACGCACGUGCGUCCUCCUCCCCGUCCUCGAACUCUGUGAGUAACAGCUGUCCGAUGUCCACGUCCAACUCGGCAGCGUCUACGGUGGGCGGAGUCCCCAACUACGCCAGGAGAAACUCGACCAACGUCAUGAACUCCUUCUCAUCUUAUUCCAUCUCACAAGCAAUGCGGGACGAUACGACGAGACGAAAACUCAGCAACAUCUCCAGAAGCGAUAUCCGAAAACUGAGCUCGGGCUCUUUGCUACUAGACAAUCCCAGCGGUCGUAAGAUGAGCUCUGUGUCCUUGAUGGACUCCCCGACGAACGCCCGGCUCAACGCCACCAACAACCGGAAGCACAGCUCGGCCUCGCUCAUCAUCGAGUCUCCGUGCUACUUCCGGAAGCUGAGCACGAUGUCGCUUUCCGACACGCCCCCUUCCGGACGUAAGCUCAGUUCUGUUUCUCUGACGGACAGAGAGAAGCCUAAUCCCAAUUACCUCACGGCGAAUCCUCCCGUCAACUUCACGCCGCCUAUCGGCAAACGCCAGGGUUCGGAUCUAUCCCUCUCGGGGUACGGAAGCUUCUCGCCCAUCAUGGCAGACUACGUGGGAUUUCGGAAAGACAGCGACGCGUCCACAGAUUCCAUUCCCCCCGUCGUAUCCCCGUCUGAUCACAUCCAGCCUCAUCUCAAACCCCUGGGUCUGAAGAAGGCUCCAGGGUUGUCUAUUUCUGAUAAAUAUACCGUUAAUCCUCCUCCUACUCAUCAAAACCAACAACAACAACUACAACAACAGCAGCAGCAACAACAACAACAACAACAACAACAACAAACGUAUAGAGGUCUGGAUUACGAUGACAAUCUGAGCUAUCUCCUUCCAGAACGCUUCCGGAAUCUGUGCCUGGCAGCUGAGAACUUGUCCGGCACUAGCAUAGAGGAGCCAGGGGGACUCCCGUCUCUCAUGAACGAGCCCAGAAUCAACAUAAAUAUCGGCGACCGAACCAACGGAAACCACCUGGGAUCAGACUCACCCAAAUCCAACACCAAAUCCCCUAAAUCUUCAAGCCACUGCAAGAAACAUUCCAUCUUCUCACGGGGAAGAGGCUCAAAGCAAUCCAGUCAAGAUUCUGACAACUCUUCAAACUCCUCCACCAACGCCAGGAAAUCAAACCUUGACCUCUUCUGUUCCCCGGCCAGAAGAUCUAGCCCUCAGUCCAGCCCGAGCGACCACAGCAAAAAAUCUGGGGUUGGUGGUGGUGGUGGCGGGAGGGCGUUGGUUCCCGCUCAUUCCAGCCGAGGCCCGGUCUGUUCCCGCGCUUACAGCGCCAUCAAGUGUCUGUUUUUCCGGCCCAGCAAACGAGAGAUGCAGAGGGAGACAAACAGCUCGAGCAGCGAGGAGGAUCGAGGGCAGGAGGAUGGGAACAACAACGCAGGACGAUGACACGGAGACGAAGAAAGGAGACACAAUCCACAAUUUAUACUGAACAAAGUAAUCAACACUUCUCUAGCACCUGGCGUCGCCGCCUUUUCUCGCCUCGUAAUUGGGUCACUUGGUGCAGGAUCUUUCUCCCACCAAACUGCCGGUUUACCGAUGUGCUAUAUUUUUACCUGAGUAUAUGUAACGAGGCAGGGGUAGCCCCAGAGCAACCUACUUAGAGAACCUAAGCAAAUGGGUUACGGGGAAAGAUCAGG